UCCUCCGUCGUCAAUCUGCUCAGAUUCUCCGAUCGAGGAGCGGUGGUUGGUCGACCCGAGAAUCUCAGAGAGCGACGUAGAAAUCAUCCAGUGAAAAGAUGCAGAUCUUCAUCAAAAAGUUGAACGGAACAACGACCGCGCUUGAUGUCGAGUGCAGCGAUACCGCUGAAACUGUGAAGGCGAUGAUUGAGGAAAUAGAGAGCUCAUGUAUGGAGGAGCAGAAGCUCAUAUUUGCUGGUAAAAUGUUGGAAGAUGAGAGACCUCUGGCAGAUUACAACAUUAAAAAGGCAUCAACACUACACCUUACUAUGGGGCUUAGAGGAGGAACAAUGAUCAAAGUAAAAACCCUUACAGGAAAAGAAAUUGAAAUUGAUAUCGAGCCGACAGACACCAUUGACCGGAUCAAGGAACGUGUUGAGGAGAAAGAAGGCAUUCCUCCAGUGCAGCAAAGGCUGAUAUACGCGGGAAAGCAGCUGGCAGACGACAAAACUGCCAAAGACUACAACAUUGAAGGUGGUUCGGUUCUCCAUUUGGUUCUUGCUCUCAGGGGCGGCAGCUAAGCUUAUUUUACGUUCUCAUCUUCAUUUGAACAGCACAUUGUGGUUGUGGUGUGGUGCGGUGCCUGGGAAUCCAAGUUGUUUUUCCUAUCUUUUACGUGUUCCCAUGAUGAUAUUUUGGAUUCCAUUCCUGGUGAGUGUUGUGCUGACGAUGAUGAAGAUGAUAAAUAUAUAUAUAUAUAUAUAUAUAUUCAACUCAGGUACCGUACACCACUGUAAUGGCUGCUUCUUUCAAGUGUUCCUUGCCAUUCAUUCUAUUCUCUUUUGAAGCUGGUUUUUGUGUAUUCUUAUUUAUUUAUUUAAGUUUGAUUCAACAGUCUUGCCCUUCAAAUUUAAUUUAACUAAAAUCCACAACCCAAAACACAUCUAUAUAUACAAAAUAAGCAUAAAAACUAAUAUGUAUAUUUUUUAACGGGAGUUUGUUUGGACAAAUUAAUCCACUAUAAAAUUUUCUUGUAUCACACAGGUUAAAUUUAAUAAAAAAUGUAAUUUCAAACACUUAAAUAAAUAUAGAUAUCUUGUUUCAAUUUGAAUUUUCCUGACCAAGUAAACUCAUUAAUUCAAUACCAGCAUCAAACAUUUUACCCUUGAUUUAUCAUCGACACAUUUAACAAGUCACUUUACCUAAACAUAAGUGUAAGCAGCCCACAAAACUCAUUUUAUGUCCUUAUAACUGAAAACAACAAACACAGAUUUUUUACAAUUCAAAUACAUACAUACAUAUAUAUAAUAAACCAUUCAGUACAGAAAUGUCAAGUAACAGUUACUUAAGUGCAUGCAAGGUUUCCAACUCAAGUCAACAA